AUGACGGAUUUCACACCGCGAGUUAAGCUCCCAGACGCCUUUUUCGCUGAGGAGACGCCGGAGACAGCAGGUCAACUUGCGCUGUCGCUGAUCACUGGUCUUGAUCUUCUUCCUUUCGAAGAUCAAAUCAAGCUCUUGACCGAGUUCUUCGCUUCGAGACGCAGCGAGUUGGUGCAGGGGGUUGAGGGCAAGGUGCCCUGUGGCAUGCUUGGAGGCUUUCUCACGCACCAGGCCAUCUGUGAUGGCUGCGGCGUCGAGCCAAUGCGAGGACCGCGGUUCAAAUGCACCAGCUGCCCCAACUACGACCUCUGUGGCAACUGCUAUGCCCGGAAGCGCGAGAUCCACGGGGCAGAGUGUGCCGUGCACGACUUCGAUUGCAUCCUCUCCGGCCUUUUCCCAGUCAGCUUGGGCAGCAUGAUGUCUGGCCAGCCUUGGAAUCCACAAAGCUUCAGGAACUGGGGCAAAGGCGCCAGUAAGGGCAACAUGGGUGGCAUGCCUGGUUUGGUGCAAGGCCUUCUGAGUGGACUGGGCAAGGGCGGAGCUUCAGAAGCUUCUGGUGAGGCACCGAACCCUCUUGGUGGUCUUGCGAACUUCCUCGGUGGGCUGGCUGGCAAAGGUGGGGCGGGUGGCGCAGAGAAUCCCUUGGCCGGGCUUGCUGGAUUGUUUGGAAAGGGUGGUGCCCAGAGUCCUAGCGGAUGUAGCAGCAAUGGGGCAGAGAACCCUCUGGCUGGCUUGGCUGGAUUGUUUGGAAAGGGUGGUUGCCAGUCUCCUGGUGGGUCUGAGGGGCAUGGGGCAGAAAACCCCUGGGCCGGCCUAGCUGGCUUGUUUGGCAAGGGAGGUGCCCAGAAUGGUUGCAACAGGGAUGGCGGCCAUGAGCCUUGCAACCCCUGGGCCAAUCUUGCGGGAUUCUUUGCCGGGAAAGGCAAAGGCAAGGGCCACCCUUUUGCUGGCAUGGGCAAGGGCUGCCACGCAAACCCAGCUGGCACAAGCGCACCACCUUCCACUACCCAAACCGGCUACGAGCAACCGGCCGCCUCAGCGCCCACGCCAUCUCCGGACGAGCCUUCGGCACCACCGUCGGACACUGUGGACCAGAAGAUGGAGAUCGAAGCGAAUAGCGUUGAGGAGCCUUCAACCCCACCACCGGCGAGCUUAAAGGUUGAGGAGAAGAAGCUCUUGGAUGUGAAGGAGGAGCCGGAAAACAUCCGCUAUUCCUUCCCGGUGCAGGUGGAUGAUGGACGUAACCUGCAACUUUCCUGGACCAAAGCUGACGAUCGGGAGCUGGUGGCCCGUGAGUUCCUUGGUCGCUACCACCUACCGGGAGAUCAGGUGAACCAGAUUGUGGCCUUCAUGAAUCAUGCGGAGUCCAUCAGUGCACCGAGCUGCGCCGCCUCUAGCACCCCAGCCUCCAGCGCCGCGGCCUGCAUUGCUGCCUCCAGCUGGGAGCAGGCUCCGGGCAUGGAGGCUGCCCCGACCUACGAUGAGCAGAUUGCCCAGCUUCAGGAUCAGGGCUUCACUGUGGACGUGGAGGAGGACCAAGAUGACACGGGCAUCCCCUCCUCCGAUCCAAGCGGGUACCAGCCCCCAAAGCCGGACCAGCCACCAGUCAGCGUGGCUCCAACCCCACCAGCGGAACCACCAUCGCUAGCCGAAGAGCAAGGACUCGUAGCUGCCCUGAAGUCGUACGAAGUCCAGGAGUGGCUUAGGGUGCUAUGUAGGAUGCAUGUCCUGACCCAGCAGAUGCUCCUCGGUGGCUUGGAGUAUGAUGAGCUGCUGCCGCUAUGGGCCAAGCGCAUGAAGGUGCUACACGCACCGCCGCCGCUCUUCGCUGGCAUUAAGCUCGCGGUGACAGAGAAGGGGGUGACCUGGCAGGCCAUCGCUACGGCUAAGCUAGUCGCUGGCGAAAAUGGAUUCGUGGCAGUUGCUACAGGCGAAGGUAGUACGUACACAGUCCUUGACCGUGGCUCCAAGCUGCAGGGCGCUCUCUCGGCUUUGUUCGGGAAGAUGUGGGACUACCCACCACUCAAGGAGUUGGUGGAGGACCGCAACCGCUUCAUGCUCAUUGCCACCUCUAUCAAGGCCAUUUACGACCAUACCGCCAGGAAGAUGGAGUUAAUGGCCAGGUUGAUCAUCGCCAAGGACGACAAACAUGUUCUGGUCAAACACAACUGUGGGGACUCGCCGACCUAUCUGCAGAAUCACCCAGAGGCUGCAACAGCUCCGACCAAGCGCCAACGGUCCCAGCAAAAUCGUAGCUACCAGCAGAGUCGAUCUCUCCGAACGGAGCCAGCUGCCAGCGUCGCUCCGGAGCCACCUUAUCCGCCUCCGCAUGUCUCGGGAGAUGCCCGGACCUGGGAUGGAUGGCGUCAGCAGUCUUGGCACUCGGAGGGAGGCGGUCAGAGCUGGAGAGGUCAGUGGUGA